CGCCGGACAGUGCUGAAAACCUCGCCAUUGGGGGAAGGAGGUCGUGCAGUGUUGAGCCGCGUUAUUUACCUUUAUUUGACCUCUAUCUCGCCCGUGUCCGAGGAUCUUACAGUGCAGGCGUGCCGUGUGAUGUGCUAUGUGCCAGACCUACGCUGAGGCAUCACAGUACAGCGUGAGAGGAUUGCGAAGAUAGGAGCAAUCCACAAGAUGAGUUCGGGCGUGGAGGAAGCGGACGCCACCACCACCCCUGAGGCCACCACACUCGCCUCCACCCUAGGCGAUGGGGCGGCCACCACGCUGCCCUCCAUCACCUCCACCGUCUACAUCAGCCCCACAGACAUCCCCAUCGAGAACCUCCCCUUCGUACAGACCACAGCGGCUCAGGCCAUCGCUGGGGCCUUCGUUUGGGCGGCCCUUCUGAUCACAUGUCACCAGAUCUACCAGCACCUGCGUUACUACAGCAAUCCGGCGGAGCAGCGAUGGAUAGUUCGGAUUCUGCUCUUCGUGCCCAUCUACGCCUUUGACUCCUGGCUCUCCCUCCUCUUCUACAACAUGGACAACUACAUCUACUUCAACACCAUUAGGGACUGCUAUGAAGCGUUUGUGAUCUACAACUUCCUGAGUCUGUGUUACGAGUACCUGGGUGGCGAGGGCAACAUCAUGAGCGAGAUCAGAGGCAAGCCAAUCAGGUCUUCAUGUAUGUACGGCACCUGCUGUCUGGUGGGCAAGACGUACACCAUAGGCUUCCUCAGGUUUUGCAAGCAGGCGACGCUCCAAUUCUGCUUCGUCAAGCCGGCCAUGGCCUUCAUCACCAUCAUCCUCCAGUUCCUCGGGAAGUACCGGGAUGGCGACUGGAGUCCUGACGGCGGGUACCUCUACAUCACCAUCAUCUACAAUAUCUCCGUGUCGUUGGCCCUCUACAGCCUCUUCCUCUUCUACUUCGCCACCCGGGACCUCCUGCAGCCCUAUGACCCGGUGCUUAAGUUCUUCACCAUCAAGUCGGUGAUCUUCCUCUCCUUCUGGCAGGGCGUGCUGCUGGCCAUCCUUGAGAAAGCGAACGUCAUAAAAGCAGAUCCGCACCUCAACACCGGCACCGUCUCGGCCGGCUACCAGAACUUCAUCAUCUGCAUUGAGAUGUUCUUCGCCUCGGUGGCCCUGCGCUACGCCUUCCCCUACCAGAUCUACGGGGACUUCACCGUCUCCGGGCCCGGCCGCAGCGUCACCAUGCAGAGUAUCUCGUCCUCCCUCAAGGAAACAAUGAACCCCAAGGACAUCAUGACAGACGCCAUCCACAACUUCCACCCCCAGUACCAGCAGUACACCCAGUACAGUGCAGGGGGGGGAGGCCGCCCCACACAGGUGCUGACGCAGAGCCAUGACAUGGAAGAGCUGCGGCCUGACCUCCUGCCCGUCUCCACCGCCGCCUCCACCUCAUGCGCCUCCGACUCCACCACCCUCGCCACCACCCACGCCGCCAAGGGCCGGGGCGCUGGUGGCGGCGGUGGUGGGGCGGGGACGGCCACGGUGGGGUCGGGCCUCAGUGUCAUCUCCAGUGCCGUUCCCUCCGCAGCACAGACGCAGCAGAUUACCCGGCUGCCCCCGCCGCCCUCCAAAGGCGGCACCACUAGAGGCUCCGGACACACGGCAGUGAGCACAUACGACGCAGACGAGGCACCGCGUUCAAACAGCAGCAACGGCAUCAACGGCAUGAGUGGCGGGCACGGGAACAGCGGCGGAGGGACGGCGGGCGGCGGACGGGGGCCACAGAAUGGGGGGCGGAACGGCAACGGACGAGCCGCCUACAAUGAGAAGACAAUGUUGCUGAGCUCCGACGACGAGUUCCAGUGAGGGGGCGAGGGCUGAACGUCAACUAAACCUCUAGAAGUUGCAGCUUAAACCAGCGGCCUCCUCCUCCUCCUCAUUCCAAAAGGGAGGGCGGGAGACCGGACACCCAACACCGACUCCUUAGGUUAUAUUCACUUGUCCUCCUGCAGAACCGGGGAAUUACUGUCUUUCGUUAGUGAGGGAAACUAUUUUACUUAAGCAGGAGUGUGGGCGGGUGGGCGGGAUGGUGUUUGGGUGGACACGUCACAUUGGUGCUUUAAGCUGCCGAGGAAAUGGUUUUAACAAUUGAGGGAUUUUUUGUUAUGCCUUUUGUCCCCCUUCGCUGUUCGGUUCCUCCCCUCCUCCUCCUCCCUUCCGUUGUUUUCUGUUUCCACGUCACAAAUGCAGCAUACAUGACUUGAGUUUCUUGUUAGUUUAUUUAUUUGAUGUCUGAGUAUGGUACUUUUAAUUCUCUUGGCCACUGAGAGUCACGGCAUAGAGGUGCUGAGGAGGUUUGACUGUCUGAGUGAAUGUGUGUCCAGUGAUGGUGUGUGUUGGUGGGUGUGUCUCCGGACCUUCCAAAUGAGUGCUGUUUUGCCUCAGGUCAGGAUCAAAUCAAGAACCAGUUUCCUUGUUUCAUUUAAGUUUAAGAAGGAAUUAAAACGCAGACAUUCCUAUCGUGUUUGUCUUGGUGCGGGCGGGUCAUCAUCGCAUAGUAGAGUGGUAUCGGAAGAAUCUGUCGGUAAAUGUGUGCUAAAACCUCAAAAUAAGUUAACCCGGUAGCUGCGGGGAUCAAGUUUCUUAAAGGCCCCUCUAAACGAGAAAAAUAAGAAAAAAUCAUCACUCACGCAAACGAUUUCAUAAUAUAUAUCAACGCAUUUGUGAUCAGUUUAUGCAUCAUCUAUUUUGGGAGGUUGAUAUCAUGGCAAAAAUUUACCCCGUCGCUGGUACACGGUAAAGCCUCAAAUUUGGCCCGUCGCUGCUACCGGGUUAUGGUGAUACUAAUGAUAAAGUGAUUGAAAGUGCACCAAAGCAUAACAGUAUCACCAGUAAGGAAUCCAUUCUCUCUUGUUCUUGUAUUAAAAUCCCUGAAGGUAACGGUGCUGCAGAUGAAUACAAAAGAACUACAUUGACAGGUGCAAUUUCUACAAGACAAAAAAAUAAAGCAUAGUCAUGGAUGUGUAUUCUUGUGGGUCUUAUUCAUAGGUCAUUGUUUUUCUUCAUGUGGGUAUAAAGUCUGUCUUCAUCCUGUCGUUUAAUCGUACCAACCUCAACUAAAUCAAACUCCUGCAGGUGAUCAGCUCUUGCGAUGUGUGUGAUAAUGUAGAGCAAGAAGGGACUGUUACGUCAUCCCUUCUGGUACCAAGUGGAUCGUUGCUCUCUGAAUGGCUGAUAUACAGGGUGUGUCUUGAAUCUUCCCCAAACACUGGCAGUCACCAUCCCUACGUUUACACUUCAGAUGGAUGUGGCAGCUUAGUAUCCGUUUGAAAGGUUAAUAUUAGGGAAGAAUGUACUUUGUUUUCGUUCCCCCCCCCAGUGCAUUGUCGAAGGGAUGAGUGUGAGGUGUAUGUCUUUCUGUUACGUGGCUGCCAAAAUGUAACUGUUUACCGGUGGUGUGUGGAAUACUGUGUUGCAGGAAUAGGGUGUGAAGAGGGAUUGUUCUUUUUUUCAUAUGUGUGUGUGCGUGUGUGAGUGUGAGGCAAGUGGCUGAAAUAUAUCUCCAAAAAACUAUAAUCUUUCCUCUCAGAUGGACACAUAACCAGUACACACACACACACACACACACACACACACACACACACACACACACCAUAGUAAGCGCUGUGUAUAGUGUACCAGUGACUGUUAGAUCCAAACAUUAUUUUUAUAUAGACAGAGUACUACUUCCCUGGAGGUCAUAAAAAAAUGCUUCAAGAAACUAAACCCCAAACACGACAAGCAUUGAGUCACACGUCCGUAUUCUUAAACAUGUCGGCGCUUCACUUCACGUGUUUGAAAAGCCUCGCGUAGAAGUUGCUGGGAUUUCCACGGGCGGUUUUGUGUUCUUCGGGAUAGUUUUACCAGACUUUUUUUCCCCAGCAAAGGAGACAGUUCAAGGGCAAAAUAAAAAAAAAGGAAACAAUAACGAAGAAAAAAAAAGCCUGCUACUCACUGCUCCUGAAUAAAAAAAAAGAGUUCAGAGGAGUGGCCGGAAGAUAGGUCAAUUUCGGGAGGAGAGGUGUCCCGAUAGCCUCCUCCUGAAAGAAACAUGCAAGAAACGCGGAGAGGAGGAAAGGAGCAAGCUAAAAGGCGAGAGAGAACGAACUGACAGACAGGAGACAUCGUGCUAAAAGAAGAAACAAGCUAAGAGGCGAGAAGGAAUGUGUAGAAGACAGAACACAGAGGAAGGUGAGAAGAAACGAGGUAAUAGGGAGGAAAGAUCAUGCUGAGCUCAAGUCAUAAAACACCAUGAACAGGAAAAACACCCAUGGAAAUCCAGCUAAUCUUCUCCGUGGCCUCGGGAAAUGGUCGUAUUGGAAGCGCGAUAUGUUUACGAAUAUGUGUUUUGGCUUUAAGGACCCACCUGAGCAGCCAGUAGAUUGAUUGAUGGCAGGUACUUGUAAUUUAUGACGUGUGAGUUUGGGCACAUGCACAAGUGUGUGGGUAUGCAUGUGUAUAAUAUCCAGCAAAUCACUGCUCUGCUUAGGGUAUCAGCUAUAAAUGCUUGAAACUUCCCACUGUGAUUUUCUUGAUUUACUCUUUAUAUGAUUUUUUGUAAGGGUAAAAGGGUUAUAACACUGGGCAAAUUUUCCGUGGUCUUCAGUCAAACCACGAUUUCCGCUGGCGUGGUUCCCAUAUUUCCGUGGUUUUCUGACAUGUCCGCAAUCUUCCGAAGCUACGGUAGAUCUCACCGAAGGACGACGGUAUUACUCACCAUCAACAGCGGCAAUAACAAGAAACAAAUGAGAACCACGCUAGCGGAAAUCAUGGUUUGACUGAAGAUCCACGGAAAAUUUGCCCAGUGUAAUAGCCCCUCGAUUCUGUGUGUGAUUAGGGGCAUCAGAUGUGUUUUUGUACUCGUUUCUUCAGUUUACCUUUCCUUCUCGCCAUUUUUUAUUUUAAGCUUAGGACUGUGGAGCUCAGAGCCAUAGUAUGAUUUCCAGAAACACUGUAGAUUCAGGAACUCCUACAGACAGGAAGAAGCUGUACCAUACAUGUAUCCUAGAAGUCGAAGCUGAAGUUUGAGUGUUACAUGUACAUAAGUAACCAGACAGUCCUCCCACCUGGCUAAGAAGAGUCCGCUCACUUGCCAUAACCUGUUGUUCCUGUCUUGAGUGUUUGUGUGGGGCUGAGUGUCCCGAGUGUGUCAUGUGUCCAGCCACUGUGACCUGUGUUGCCUGGAGCUUGUGUGUGCCAGGGUGAGCUCAGUCAUGGCCUUGCCGAGGUGUUGCACUAAAGAUUGAGAAGAGUUAGUUUGUGUAUAUAGUUUUAAAAGUACAAACAGAUUAUUUUGCCUAGAAACUUAGCCAUAUCUCACACACACACACACACACACACACACACACACACACACACACACACACACACACACACACACACACACACACACACACACACACACACACACACACACACACACACACACACACA